AUGAAGAGACCAGCAGAACUUGUGUUCAUCCCAGGCGCGGGCAUUGGCCAUGUUGUGUCCACAAUUGAGAUAGCAAAGCUCUUAGUUUCUCAUGAUGACCGUCUCUUCAUCACACUUCUCAUCAUGAAACGACCCUUUGACAAACUCUUCACAAACACGGACUCUUCAAUCUCACCACGCAUCAACUUCGUCAACCUCCCCGAAACAACAGAUCUCUCUUGCUUCAAAUUCUUCGUCGAAAAUCAGAAAACCCAAGUCAGAGAUGCCGUCGCUAAACUCGUUGAGUCAAAUCAGUCAGGCUCCUCAAAGCCCCGGCUCUCCGGGUUCGUGGUUGACAUGUUCUGCACCACUAUGAUUGACGUGGCCAAUGAGUUUGGGACGCUUCGGGACGAGCAUGGCAAGGAUGUGGCUGAGUUUAUGCACUCGGAUUCUGACUUGGUCGUCCCGAGUUUUGUCAAUCCUCUGCCUGCUAGCGUCUUGCCUGGUAAGCUACUGGACAAGGAGAGCGCUGAAUCAUUCCUCAACUAUGCCAGGAGGUUUAGAGAAACCAAGGGUAUUUUGGUAAAUACAUUCUGGGAGCUGGAAUCGCAUGCCCUUCAUUCUAUUUCUUAUGGUAAAAACCCACCAGUGUACCCUGUGGGACCCUUAUUGAAUCUCAAGAGUAGCGAUGAUGAUAAGGGUUGGGAUAUCUUGAGUUGGCUUGAUGAUCAACCACCGUCAUCCGUAGUUUUUCUCUGCUUUGGGAGCAUGGGAAGCUUCGGUGAGGCCCAAGUGAAAGAGAUAGCAUGUGCGCUAGAGCACACCGGGCUCCGAUUCUUGUGGUCCCUACGCCAGCCCCCACCGAAAGGGAAGAUGGCUAUGCCAAGCGAUUAUGCGGACCCUAGUGGAGUCUUACCCGAAGGGUUUCUUGAUCGAACGGCUAAGAUUGGGAAGGUCAUAGGGUGGGCCCCACAAGUGGACAUUUUGGCCCACUCGUCAAUCGGAGGGUUCGUAUCCCAUUGUGGAUGGAAUUCCAUGUUGGAGAGCUUGUGGUACGGUGUCCCGGUGGCCACGUGGCCAAUGUAUGCAGAACAACAAACAAAUGCCUUUCAGCUGAUAAAAGAAUUGGGAUUGGCUGUGGAGAUCAAGAUGGAUUAUAGGAAGGACAGUGAGGUGGUUGUGAGUGCACAAGACAUACAGAGAGGAAUAAGACAAGUGAUGGAGCAUGGUAGUGUUAUAAGUAAGAGGGUGAAGGAAAUGAGUGAAAAGAGCAAAAAAUCCCUGAUGAAUGGUGGAUCCUCAUACUCUUCAUUGGGUCGUUUUAUUGAUCAGAUUUAA